UGUGUGGGGCGUGUGUGGAAUAACGUUAUUGCCCGGCGGAGCCUAGAGGCCCGGAGCUCGACCGCGGCGGCAGCGACGAGGACGACGGCAGGAAGGGGUGAGGACGGCGUGCGACAGACUCACGGGACGCGACGCACCCUGCCUCUCCCGUCUGGUCCCUCUCCCCACGGUGAGGGGAUGACGUAGUUUUGCCAAAGACUUAGAAGCUAAUCAGAAAAUGAGCUUAACAUCCUGGUUUUUGGUGAGCAGUGGAGGCACUCGCCACAGGCUGCCCCGAGAAAUGAUUUUUGUUGGAAGAGAUGACUGCGAGCUCAUGUUGCAGUCUCGCAGUGUGGAUAAGCAGCAUGCUGUAAUCAAUUAUGAUGACUCUACAGAUGAACACUUGGUGAAAGAUUUGGGCAGUCUGAAUGGGACAUUUGUGAAUGAUAUAAGAAUUCCAGAACAAACUUAUAUUACCUUGAAACUUGAAGAUAAACUGCGAUUUGGAUAUGAUACAAAUCUUUUCACUGUGGUUCGCGGAGAGAUGAGGGUCCCUGAAGAAGCACUUAAGCAUGAGAAGUUUACCAUUCAGCUUCAAUUGUCCCAAAAAUCUUCAGAGUCCGAAUUAUCAAAAUCUGCAUGUGCCAAAAACGUAGACUCAAAAGUAGCUGAUCCUGCAGCAGAAGUACAGCAUAAAUCUACAGAAGCUCUAAAGUCUGAGGAAAAAGCCAUGGAUAUUUCUGCUAUGCCCCGUGGUACUCCAUUGUAUGGACAGCCAUCGUGGUGGGGGGAAGAUGAGGUGGAACAAAGUGCUGUCAAGUCAAAUAGCAAAUCUGAAGAAAAAGCCCAUGAAGCUGGAAUGUCAGGGUGCAGCACAGAUUCCAAGCAAGUUGAGGAACAACCUGCAGCUGCAAAUGAAGACGUACUCUUUCCUUUCUGUAGGGAACCAAGUUACUUUGAGAUCCCUACUAAAGAAUUCCAGCAACCAUCACAAAUAACAGAGAGCACUAUUCAUGAAAUCCCAACAAAAGACACACCAAGUCCCCAUACAACAGGUGCAGGGCAUGCGUCAUUUACCAUUGAAUUUGAUGACAGUACCCCAGGAAAGGUAACUAUUAGAGACCAUGUGACAAAGUUUACUUCUGAUCAGCGCCACAAAUCAAAGAAGUCCUCUCCUGGAACUCAAGACCUACUGGGAAUUCAAACAGGAAUGAUGGCACCAGAAAACAAAGUAGCUGACUGGCUAGCACAGAACAACCCUCCUCAAAUGAUGUGGGAAAGAACAGAAGUGGAUUCCAAAAGUAUUAAAAGUGAUGUUCCAGUUUACUUGAAAAGGUUGAAAGGAAAUAAACAUGACGAUGGCACACAAAGUGAUUCAGAGAAUGCUGGAGUCCACAGGCGCUGCAGCAAACGAGCAACUCUUGAGGAGCACUUAAGGCGCCACCACUCAGAACAGAAAAAGCUGCAUAAGACACUGGCUCCUGAAAAGCAUCCAGACCAAACUGUUGUAAGUCAAACUGCUUUUAUGAUUGCAUUCUUUGAUGAAGAUAAUCCCAGAAAAAGACGGUCAUAUUCCUUUACUCAAAGUGCGAGAAUCUUGUGUCAGGAAACUACUUACUCAGCACCACAUACAAAACUUGAAAAAGCAAACUCUCCAACAGCAGAUGCCAAAGUGGUUUCUUUGUCUUUACAGACUAGCUCUUCGCAUCAGAGAGGGGGGCAUGGUGUUCCACAUGGGACAUUGUUAAAACAGAAAUCAGAGGAGCCAUCGGUGUCAAUAUCCUUCCUACAAACUGCAUUAUUAAGAAGUUCAGGGAGUCUUGGGCACAGACCAAGCCAGGAGAUGGAUAAAAUGUUAAAAAACCAAGCUACUUCUGCUACUUCUGAAAAGGAUAAUGAUGAUGACCAAAGUGACAAGGGUACUUAUACCAUUGAGUUAGAGAAUCCCAACAGUGAGGAGGUGGAAGCAAGAAAAAUGAUUGACAAGGUAUUUGGAGUAGAUGACAGUCAGGAUUACAAUAGGCCUACUAUCAAUGAAAAACAUAAAGAUUUGAUAAAAGAUUGGGCUUUAAAUUCUGCUGCAGUAGAAAUGGAAGAAAGGAAACCACUGAGUACACCUGGAUUCCACAACUCAGAGGGAAGCACAUCUUCACCUAGAACUAAACGUUGGGUUUCUCAGUGGGCUAGUUUGGCUGCUAAUCAUACAAGACAUGAUCAAGAUGAAAAGAUAGUGGAUUUAUCUGCACCUGCUCCUGUAAAACACGACAUUGGUGAAUCUGGCAUUUCAGUGAGAAAUACUGGUGCAGCAACUUCUUUGGCUGGCCAAGGAGAGAGAAGGAGAAGAGCCCUUCCCCAGCUUCCAAAUGAAGAAAAGCCUCUUGAAAAUCCCAGGGCAAAGCUUAUAACGCAUAGGUCAGAGAUAGGAGAAAAACAAGACACGGAGCUUCAGGAGAAAGAAACUCCCACACAGGUAUCCCAGAAAGGUAAACAAGAUGCUGACAGAGCCCUGAGUAAAAUGAACAGGACGGUAAAUGGUGAGACUCUUAAGAAUACUGGAGACAACAAAAUGUUUAACUUAGGCAGCUCUUCUCCUGGAGGAGAGAAAAAUGAGACUGCUAAGGAAACUUCUUUGGUAAAGCAAACUUUAGCUAAAAUUCAGCAACAAGAACAAAAGGAGCAGGCAGAGUGGACGCCCACUAAAUUGUCAUCUUCAAAAAAUGUUUCAAGUCACAUAGACAAAUGCAGGGAAGAGUCUCUUAAACACGAGCUACAGCCUCAAGAAAACAUUGCUGGCCCUUUUACGGGCAAAGGAGAAAGGGUGACACAGAAUGAGGGCAAAAGAAGAAAAGCUGAGGACGUCCUUAAAAAUCAAACUUCAAAGGGAGGAGACAAGAAGGAAUCUUCCAAGUCACUCGUGCGACAAGGAAGCUUCACCAUAGAAAAGCCUAGCUCAAACAUCCCCAUAGAACUUAUUCCCCAUAUAAAUAAACAGUCUUCCGUCGCUCCCUCUUCUUUAUCAUUAGCCUCUGCAAGUAGAAUUCGAGAUAGAAGUGACCCUAUGGAUACUGAUUCUAGUAUGGACACAACCCUUAUUCUCAAAGACACAGAAGCAGUAAUGGCUUUUCUAGAAGCUAAACUGCGUGAAGAUAAUAAAACCGAUGAAGGCCCAGAUACUCCCAGUUAUAAUAGAGACAAUUCUAUUUCCCCAGAAUCAGAUGUGGAUACAGCUAGUACGAUCAGUCUGGUUACUGGAGAGACUGAAAGAAAGUCAACUCAAAAACGAAAGAGUUUCACUAGUCUCUAUAAAGAUAGGUGUUCUUCAGGUUCCCCUUCCAAAGAUGUUACAAAGUCAUCAUCUUCAGGUGCUAGGGAGAAGAUUGAGAAGAAAACAAAAAGCCGAUCCGCCGAUGUAGGUUCAAGAGCAGAUGGUCGUAAAUUUGUACAGUCCAGUGGAAGAAUAAGACAGCCUUCAGUAGAUUUAACAGAUGAUGAUCAAACCUCUAGUGUACCUCAUUCUGCUAUCUCAGAUAUUAUGUCAUCUGAUCAGGAAACAUACUCUUGUAAACCUCAUGGAAGGACUCCACUUACCUCAACUGAUGAACGUGUGCAUUCCAAACUGGAAGGAAGUAAGGUAACUAAGUCUAAGACAUCUCCUGUUGCAUCUGGUUCAUCCAGUAAAUCAACCACUCUUCCAAGGCCACGACCUACCAGGACCUCCCUGUUGCGCCGAGCACGGCUUGGUGAAGCUUCAGACAGUGAGCUAGCUGAUGCUGACAAAGCAUCUGUUGCUUCUGAGGUAUCCACCACAAGUUCAACAUCAAAACCUCCCACGGGAAGGCGCAACAUCUCUCGGAUUGAUUUAUUGGCUCAGCCUCGUAGAACAAGGCUUGGCUCAUUAUCUGCUCGUAGUGACUCUGAAGCAACAAUAUCUAGAAGUAGUGCCGCUUCACGUACUGCGGAAGCCAUCAUUAGAAGUGGAGCCAGAUUGCUACCAUCGGAUAAAUUUUCUCCUAGAGCUAGAGCGAACAGUAUCUCUCGGUUAUCAGACUCCAAGGUCAAAAGUAUGGCCUCAUCGCAUGGCUCUCCUUCAGUAAAUUCAAGAUGGAGGCGCUUUCCUACUGAUUAUGCUUCCACCUCAGAAGAUGAAUUUGGAUCAAACCGUAAUUCCCCUAAACAUACUCGUCUACGUACUUCUCCAGCCCUGAAAACGACUCGCUUGCAGAGCACUGGAUCCGCUAUGCCUACUAGUUCUUCAUUCAAGCAUCGGAUAAAAGAGCAGGAAGACUACAUCCGAGAUUGGACUGCUCAUCGAGAAGAGAUAGCGAGGAUCAGCCAAGAUCUUGCUCUCAUUGCUCGGGAAAUCAACGAUGUAGCAGGAGAGAUAGAUUCAGUGACUUCAUCAGGCACUGCCCCUAGUACCACAGUAAGCACUGCUGCCACCACCCCUGGCUCUGCCAUAGACACUAGAGAAGAGGUAGGAGAUCUUCAUGGAGAAAUGCAUAAGUUGGUUGAUCGUGUUUUUGAUGAAAGCCUCAACUUCCGAAAAAUCCCUCCAUUGGUUCAUUCUAAACCACCAGAAGGUAACAACGGUCGAUCUGGGGAGCCAAGACCUCAGCCACCAGAGACUCCUGAUCACUUCACAAUUACAAGGCGGAGAACAUGGAGCAGAGAUGAAGUCGUGGGAGAUAAUUUGCUGCUGUCAUCUGUCUUUCAAUUCUCCAAGAAAAUAAGGCAAUCUAUAGAUAAAACAGCUGGAAAGAUAAGAAUCUUAUUUAAAGACAAAGAUCGGAAUUGGGAUGAAAUAGAAAGCAAGUUAAGGACUGAAAGUGAAGUACCAAUUGUGAAAACUGCAAGCAUGGAGAUUUCUUCAAUCUUACAAGAACUGAAAAGAGUUGAAAAGCAACUACAAGCAAUCAAUGCUAUGAUUGACCCAGAUGGAACAUUGGAGGCUCUGAAUAACAUGGGAUUUCCCAGUGCUAUCUUGCCAUCUCCACCAAAACAGAAGUCCAGUCCUGUGACUAACCACAGCAGCCCUGGUCAGACACCAACACUUUGCCAAGCAGAAACUAGGGGUCUUCAUCCUGCUGGUAACUCGGUCUCAGCCGAGUUUGAGAAUGCUGAAUCUGAAGCUGACUUCAGUAUACAUUUCAAUCGGUUCAACCCUGAUGGAGAAGAGGAAGAUGGAACAGUACAGGAAUGACUUUCUUUUGAACGUUAAAAAUUAUUACCUGUGGAAUGACUAGGAUUAUGGAAGCAGCAUAGUGUUGUUGAUGUACACAAAACAAGACAGCUUGGUCAACUACCGUUUUGUUAGCCCUGUCUUCUUAAUUUUAUUUAUUUCUUUUUGUCUAUAAUAUAGUACCAAUAUUAACCUUCUCGAGACAUUUGGAUAACCAUUUUUUUUUUUUUGGAUAACCACUUUUGCACAUAUUGAGAAAAGGUGAGAUUGCAGUUUUGCCUUCUGUAGGUGUAUGAAUUCUAAAAUUGCACCCUUUCCUUUCAUAGACCCCUGUUUUGGUGUUGGUUUUAAGCCAUGCUGUGACUUAAAAGCAAACUAAAUACCAACAUUUCCGAAACUCCUUUUCUCCUGUGCCAAGCUGUGCCCUGAAAUAGACUUCCUCUUCAUCUGUACAGAUUUGUUUAACAGUUAUAUUUGCUUCUUAACAAUAUCAGUUAUAUUAGUACUCAUUUCCAUUGGAUAAAAUGACAGAUUACUCUUCACAGUAAAACAGACCUUUUCAAAACAUUCAUUCUUGUCUUCUAAAAUUUUCCAACCUCUGUGUGAUUUAUAAACUUCAUUGCUACGUAAAUUGUCUCGGGGUUUACGGAGUUUAUUAUGUUUGCACUACGAUUUACUGGGAAUGGUAGAUAGACAUAUCUAUAGAUCAGUAAGGACUAAUUGUCUUUGUUUGUACAUAGGAGAUUGCUAAUACUGUCUUUGUUUUACCCCACAGUGUUUUACUCCACUUUCCAAAAGAUCAAUUUGGCACUUUUUCAAUUUUUUUAAUGGAAAUAAGCUUUUGUCUCAUUUUAGUUCAAAUAAUAACUAGAAAGAUUAAACUAGUUUAGGUGGAGUAUAUUUUUAAAACUAAGAACAUGUAUAUUGGUCCUGUGUUACCAAGUUUAUAUGUGACAGUUGAAAAUUUUUCCCUUGAAAUGAUCAUGAGGUUAACAUUUUCUUUCUUAGGAGACUCGGAGAGAGCAAGCUGUCCUAAGAUUAGUGUGCGUGUGUGCUUCCCUGUAGGGCACAAUGGUAAUUCCUGUGUCGGUCGUGCAUUUAUAAGGGCUCUGGAGGGUGACAGUGACAGGGCUUGGGCCUGUGUUACUAAAGAAGAAGCUUACAAAAAUUAUCUUCUAAAGGCUUGAUUUUUCUUUCCCAUAAGUUGACAUUCUUUCCCAUACAUUUAAUAAGGAAAUCAUUAUAUUUGUGUUUCCAGAAUACUAUAAUGUGGAUAAUCUUAAUUCAGUAGUAUUAUUAGACCAGGAUUUCCCCCUUAAUCCCAUAAGUCUAUAAAGGUUAAAACUGCAACUUUUAUGAAAUGGUCUUUAAUAUUUCAGCUUAAUCCUGUGUUCCAUUUAAGAAACAAGCAAAUUCUAUGUUUCACAAUUUUACAGGAUUUCUAAAAUCCUGUACACUAAAGAAUCAGUCAAUAAACAAUUUUUUGUAGAGAUGUAAAACUAAAAGUCUAUUACAUAAUGAAUUUUUUUAAUUUAAAAAUGAAAAAGUCAGUGAACUUUCUUAUGGUAAAACUAAAUUUCUCCCAUUCUCUCUAAUAAAGGCAGAUGGGGCACGGGGGGUGGGGAAAGUUGUAAAGAACGUGAACGGAAAGAUAACUGCAUUGAAGAAAAGAAAGCAUUGAAACAGGGUCAAUCCAUCUUUGUUUUCUCAAGCAAAAUAAUCACCAUUAUUCUUUCACUUAAUAUUUGGGUACUGAUUAUAUCUAUGUGGAAGUAGAAGGUAAGGAGUUGUUUAGAAAAAGACUAGAAUACACUUACAUUAUUGUUUAUGUGUUUACACAGUUUUGCUCAUUGAUAAACAUUUGGCCUUUUACUAUGUUAUUUUUAUUUUGUAUGAAUACAUUAUUCUCCUUAUUUAUUUUUGUUACAUUUAUUACUUACGUUAUUUUGUUAUGCAUUUACAACUCCAUUUUUAAAUAAAGUGUUUCUGGAACUUUAUACAAUGAUUGCUUAUUUUUUUAUUAGCAGAUUGCUAAUAUGCUUCAUCAGUUUACCGGAUACCUGUUUAUAAACUACUUUGAAGGUUUGGGUGUGGAGAAUAAAUAAAUGCUCUGAUGAUUUUGGAGAAA